CCGUGCUGCUGCACCUCUCCCGGUGACAUGCAUUAUGAAUGAACGCGGCCGAGGUGGCGGCUCCCUUCCCUUCAAGCCUUCGUUGCGCAAACACAACAUUUGAUUAGAUUUUAAUAUCUGGUUUGGGCGUGAUCAACGAGCAGAAACUGCAUCGGCGAAGCAGGUUGAGCAGCGGUUGAUUAAGAGGCUGUUUGCGCGGCGCUAGGACCCAGGGGACGCGUUCUCGUUCUCGCCGGACACAGAUGCAAUUUGCAUGCGUUUGUUCUGCGAGGCAAACACUGGUGUGUGAAACCUAAACCCCCGGAAGAUCGAGGAACAGACUCGCAGACACUCUUUUAAUUGGCGUAGGAUCACUGUCGUGAUGGGAAGCUUCCAGUCUUUGCCGGACGACCAUCAAUAUCGAACCCUGUCACAGAAGACAGGCUUUUCGCUGGAGCAGAUCGCAAUCCUCCACAAUCGUUUUAAGCAGCUCAGCCAAAACGAGGAAACAUUACGGAGAGAUGACCUCAAAACAAUUCAAGACUUGGAAAGCAACCCAAUUCGGUCCCAGAUUAUAGAAGCUUUCUUCGAUAGAAGGAACUUUAAGAAAGAUGGUGUGGGGUCUGAAGAAGAAAUUGGAUUCGAGGAAUUCCUUACCGUCAUGUCAUACUUCAGAGCACCAACCCAUCAUAUCACAGAGGAGCAGAGAGAAGAAAUGAGAAGAGCCAAACUGCGCUUCCUGUUCAACAUGCAUGACACCGACAAUGAUGGAACCAUAACACUGGAGGAAUACAGACAUGUAGUAGAGGAGUUGUUGUCCCGUAGUGGAGCUCUUGGAAGAGAGACCGCUAAGGGCAUUGCAGAUGCUGCAAUGCUGGAGGUUGCCAGUAUCUCAGUAGGUCCCAUGGCACCUGAUGAGUUCUACGAAGGAAUAACAUUUGAGCAGUUUUUGAAGAUUCUUAAAGGAAUUGAAAUCGAGACCAGAAUGCACAUUCGCUUCUUAAACAUGGACACGACUGUUUUGUGCAAGUAACAUUCUGUCCAGGUACUUGCCGGCUAAAUAUAUAUUUUCCGGUAAAAUAAGCACUUUAUUAGAUGAGGCUCUUAGAUGAGAUCUUUAGUUCUAUGAACUAUUGGUAGGACGCUCAGAGUGUGUAUUUUACAAAAGUUGAAAAGCAAUAAGUAAAGUGUGCGUGGAAAUCUGAAACUCUUUGCUUUGCAUGCAAAUAUUACAUAAUUAUGGUACUUUAAAAUUAAAACUAUGCAGGCGUGUAUUUAUUAAUUUGACUUAAUUUUUGUAAUUACUUUUAUUAUGUCUUUAUUCUAAAAUAUCUCUUUAUUCUUUGAAUAACCUAUAUACCCUACUAUUCCAAAAAAGUUGAAUGCUUAUUACCAAAUAAUAUAUUUUCACUAAAAUAAUAAUCCUGUAGAGAGCAAUCAUAUCAUUGAUAUAGCAAUAGCAUUUUUUGUGUGCUUUUUUAUGUGCAAUUCUACUAAAUUAAAACAAUACUUGAAUUCAUAGUCUCAAAAAAAGAACUGCAGUUACUCCUAUCAACCAGCAGAUAUUGCUAAUGUCUCAGCUUUGUUUAUGUCAGUCUAUAUAGAAAUACUCAGGUACUUGUACAACCAAUAAGCAUGUUUCAGCAUGUUCUUGCAAGAGCAAUUAGAAGUGUAUCAACAGACAUUACAAUACAAACAAUGUAAAAUAUUCUAAAACCAUUAACAACACUAUGACAACCAUAAUCUAUAACUGCUAGUGGACACCAAAGACCUUUAAUCAAUAUCUGCAGCCACGUAUAAUAAAAACAGACUCUGAGAAAUAGAGAGGAUGCUGUGUUAGCAGUUAUAAAUAGCGCAUGGAUUGUAUAGAUGUAGGUUAAACGGUAGAAAUGAACUAUGUAGAGCAUUUUAUUUGCAAAAAUGAAACUGGCUUUUACUCUGAAAUUGCAAAAAUGUGAACCUUAAAAAAGAAAAAAAGACUGUAUGCGCACCCACUGUGUAUUGAAUCAACCUGCAACUUGCAUUUACCACAAUAAAACGGUAUCUUGCAACA